UUUGCAAAUAUAAAGUGUGUUUCACGUUACUUGAUAUGUGUGCACGUACUUGGCUGGAUUCUUGAAUAGCUUCCUCCGUUAGCUGACUGGCAUGCUGAGGCUCAUUUGUAAUCCGGCUCUUCCUUAUGCGUCACACAUGUUUAUGGAUUGCGGGUCAGCGAUCCCUUCAGGACACAAGCCAACCAGCAGAGAACUUGGAUCUGUGUCUAUUGACAUGUCUGAGAAUAGAGCCCAGAAUGACUAGGAUAGUUUCCACAGGGUAGAAUUACAUGUAGACGACAUGCUCGAUACAGUACACCUAUAUGUGGUUUUAUCGCAGUGGAUGACACAUCUGAGGUGACUGUCCAAAAAGUUCACGUAAAUCUUCACAAACAAAAAUCUUAAAAACAAGGACUGCUGCUGUGCAUGAGCUAAAAUCAUUAAAAUCACAACAUGCUGAGCUGAAACAGGAUGAGCACAAAACCUCUACGUUCAGCUGAUUGGUCAGGGGAGUGAAGGGGAGGAGCCAGCAACAUGACAUAAGUGAGGUAGUGUAUAUAGGACACUGUGCCAGACUCUCCUGUGGGGAUGAGUGAGAGGACAGACGACCACCUGCUGCUCGUGUAAAUUGCCACCACGCUAGAAUACCACACAAACAUUGAGGAUAAUAUGUCUGUAAUUCAGCCUCACACCACCAGCAUGGAGAUCUCGGAUACAAAUGUCCUGCCAGUGGUUGGCUUUGGGUCAAUGGCCCAGUCAGCCGGACUUGUGGAGAUCGCCGUCAGGCUGUGCUUGAACCAGCGUAAACAACUGUGUCCUCACGUUUGGGUUCCCAUCCUGAAACCUCAGCGGCCGUGCCUCCGUGCCCAGGUGUCAGAUCAGCUGCCCUCUGACAUCCUGAGUCAAGCUAACCCAGCACACCCCCUCUGGUCCUUCCUGGAUGACGACUUGGACGAUGAUUUUUUGAUCCCAAUUAAGAAUAAACAUGUGAUUUUCGCUGACUCAAGAGGAUUGUCCCUGACGGCGGUGCGUGAGUUUUCCGAUGAAGAGGAGCAGUCCGACCUCAACCUACUGCCGUCACUGCCGGACAUGGGAAGCAUGACAGCGAACAGCUACAGCUGCACCGUCAGCACGUGCUGCCCAGGAACACGGCUCAAGCUAGACUUCCCACAACCCUCUGCAGAUUUCCAGGCCUUCCGCGCCAAGCUAGCAGAGAGCAUGGUUACCCUGGACAACUGCAGCGUUACAGAACAAGCCCUCCAAGGUACCGUUCGAGUCAGGAACCUCAGCUUCCAGAAGGACGUGCGUGUGCGCAUCACCUUUGACUCCUGGCAGAGCUACAAAGACAUGUCCUGUACAUACGUGCAGAAACGAUUCGGAGGACCACAGACGGACAUUUUUGAAUUUGACAUUGCCAUUCCUAAAGUGCUGGAUGCCAAAAGGAAGAUAGAGUUCUGUUUACAUUAUUUACCUGGAGGGCAGAGCAAACCUUUUUGGGACAAUAACGAUGGACAGAAUUACAGCAUUGCAGUGUGUGUGAGCUCACAUCUCUGUUGUGGGAAGAGUGUAAGUGAAAGGGCAUGACUAACUGAACAUAGAAAAGGAUCCUUGUUUUUAUCAUACAUACAUCUGUGCUGGAUCAAAAUGAGGUGGAUAGUUUUUAUUAUAUUUUGCAUCACUCUGAAUUGAAACUUAUAUUUUCAUAAACUUAAAAAAACGUCUCACUUUUGUGUCACUCAAUUUUCUUUCCCGGCUCUCUCUCACAUUUCAUCCACAAAUAGGUGACCUUGUUCUUCGGGCACUCUAUUGUCGUUUGCUACAUGUUGGCCACUCAUCAGCCCAUGUGCACGAGGGAGGGGAUCCCUUUCACAUUUUUGGGAUGUUGGGAUUGCCACAUAGGUCAAAGAUUACUGUGGACAGACAAACAGAAACAUGAGAGAAGCUAAUCUUAGUUUGGUCCUGUUUAUAGAACUGAGGCUGAUCAUCAGAGACGAUGGCAGGAAACUCUGCUUUACCAUCGUCACCAUUACCUUUUUCUAUGGUGUUUAAAACCACAACAAAAUGAACUUUCACUGUGACACUGCAACAUUUAGACAUUACACUCCAAUUUUAGUUUGUUGUUUAAAACGUUGGCGAAGAGGCGGGGUACACCCUUGACAGGUUGCCAGCUAAUUGUAGGGCAGGAGCACAAUUAAGUUGUCUUUUUUAAUUCUUCGAUUAGCUUUUAUGGAAGGAUUCAAGUA